AAAAAAAAAAAAAAAAACAAACACAAAUUAUGCUAAAAAGAGAAAGGAUUUACAAUUCGGUUAAAGCGAAUCUUUUGAUGUUUUGAUGAUGAUAUGCUUGUGAUUUUAAUGAAUUCACCUCUCAACUAGAAAGUGCGCGCCCGUUUUAAAUUCUUGACUAAUUUUCUAGUUCAUAUAAGCGCUUCUUUCACUUGCCAAAUCAAUUAAGUCGAGAAAAACGAUAGCCUUUGUUGCGGCAGAGAACGAUUUUCAUAUGCAUAUGUAGUAAAUUUUAAUUGUUUCGUUAAAAAAUGUUGUAAAUAAAUUUUUAUCACGUUUCACAUUGGAGUACGAAUUGAUCUCUGUAAUGAAUUAUUUAUUAUGAUUUAAUGGCAAAAAGCAAAAUUUUUAUCUCUUUAAUGCUAUUUAUGCUUAUUAGUAGAGAAAUUUAUUUUUAAUAUACAGUGCAAUAGAACAGAAAAGGAAAAUUUCGAAAUCAAUUUUCUUGAUCAUGAGUGAAAUAUUCACGAUAUGAUAUUGAUUGCAGCAAGUGGACGGACAGACCUAGAAAUUUAAUUGAAUUUUUUUUUUAAGGAUUUCCACUUUUCUUAACAAUAGGAACAAUCAAAAAUUUUAUAAAGCCCAUCCCAUCCAUGUAAGUGAAAAUUGAAAACACCAAACGCUACACAAGGGACCAAUCCAAGAUCAAUUCUUUUGGAUGUUUGGAAAAUGUACUCCUUUUCCAUUUUUAAUUUUUUUUUUUGCUGGAGUAAGUACUUCUGAUAUUUAAAUCGAAGUCGAAACAGAAGUAUUACGAGCCCGAAUAAGCUGCCUGUCGGAAACUUUUACUAUUCGAUUCAUAGCCGGAUGAACAAAUGGAUCCCAAUCGAUUAGAGAUUUAUUGGAGAGACUCUUCAUGGUGUGAGUGCUUGUAAAUAUUUAAGCGCAAAACUGAAAACUUACUGCACAUUAUCUUCUCCCCCGUUAAUGAAUAUAAAAGCGCAACGAUACCCAUUGCCACCAUCGCUACCGCACUGCCGAUUAUUUACUCGUUUAUUUAGUUCAACAACAUUUUUCUUGUUUCGGUUUGUUUACGUUUGGCCCAUAACUUAAUUGUGGCUCUGCGUAUAUAUAUAUAUAUAUAUAUAUAUAUAGCAGAGUAUGUGUGCGUAUGUGUUUAUUUUGGUGCAAAUACUAAUCAAGAUUUCGACAUUACGUUGAAGCAAUAACAUGCUUUUAAUUAGUGAGAAUUUUCUCAAAAAAAAAAAAAAAAAAAAGGCGACCAAAAAAAAAAACGAGACACAACAGUAAAUAAAAUUAAAAGUGAAUAUAAAGCUUCUGUAUGCGAGAUUGACAAUGCCUGCUGCAUUCAUCCAUUCUCUUUAAUAGGGAAGAAAUACAAUCGGAAUGUUAUUAUUAUUCCAAAUAUUGAUAACAUAUACGUAUGUAGACAUAUGACCUCCAUUUGUGGUAAUACAUUUUUCUCUACAGCCUGUUUACCUUAAUAUCUGUAUGAAAAAAAAAAGGAAAAAAAGCUUAUGCGUUUUUCUUAAAGCUUUUACUUCACACAUAAUUGUUUACUUGCUACUAACAAUCAAGUUUGUAACGCGAAAUAACACAACAACAACAACAACAACAGCACACCAAUAACGUUGCAAUGCCCAUUUCUGCAUGAAGAGUGAAGUAAUCAAAUAAAUUUUCGCUUUGAUUUUAUCAUAAUCGGCAAUGAUGGAUUACAUCAGUUCAAUUUAUGAUUACUGGCGAGACCUUAUGGAAAAUAAAGCAGAUCCUAGAACUAAAGAUUAUCCGCUAAUGAGUUCACCCUUUCCCACCAUUGCCAUCUGUUUAUCGUAUGCGUAUUUUGUUAAGGUAUUGGGUCCAAAAUUGAUGGAAAACAGAAAACCAUUUCAACUGCGAACAGUUUUAGUUGUUUACAAUUUCGCUCAAGUGUUAUUCAGUGCCUGGUUAUUCUACGAGGCUAGCCUUAAUGGUUGGUUAAAUGGUUACAACUUCAGAUGCGAACCGGUGGAUUAUUCAUACACACCUGAAGCUCUUAGAACGGCACGAGGGUGUUGGUGGUAUUUUUUCUCAAAAUUUACAGAAUUCUUCGAUACAUUCUUCUUUGUGAUGCGAAAACGUUACGAUCAAGUGUCCACCUUGCAUGUGAUACAUCAUGGCAUUAUGCCAUUUUCAGUUUGGUGGGGCGUUAAAUACACACCGGGCGGUCAUUCAACAUUUUUCGGUUUUCUCAACACCUUUGUACACAUCGUCAUGUAUACGUAUUACAUGCUAGCGGCUAUGGGACCUAAAGUUCAAAAAUACCUAUGGUGGAAGAAAUACUUAACGCUUCUACAAAUGGUGCAAUUCGUCUUGGUUAUGGUACAUUCGUUUCAAUUGUUCUUUAAAAACGAUUGCAACUAUCCCAUUGGUUUUGCUUACUUUAUUGGAGCUCAUGCGCUUAUGUUUUACUUUUUAUUUACGAAUUUCUAUAAGACGAGGUAUUUAAACUCGGAAAAGAAUAAAGCAGUAGCAGCAGCAGCGGCGGCCGGCUUGAAAAAUAAUGGUCAUCCUAAUGGAAUUUUAAAAUCAUCACUACUUCAACAAAAUGGUAACAUAGCGAAAUACACUGAAAUUAAUGGUAACACAAAAUUCGCUAGCACAAUGACGACGCUGGCGGCAACAACGCCAACAACCGGAUCAGUAACAACGCCAAAUGGGAAUGUGACAAGACAACGGAUACAUGCCAGCACCGAUAAUUAAUUAAUUAAUAACACAUUAUAACACACACACACACGCACACACAUAUACACAUAUAAAUAUUAUCAU